UAAUUGUGGAAGCAGAGCUGUGCAUGUUCCAUAGUGUAAGGAAACAGUUCAUGGAGUGCCAAACCCAGCUUUUGGCAAGCAAUUGGAAGCUGUUCUCAUCUGUAUCCAGCCCUUGCCGAAUACAUCCAGCUCUCUACACAUCCAGUGUGAGGUCCUUCCAGUUAUAAGGUGGGCACCAUGGCUGAGAAGUCAGACUGCCACUACUGCAGGGACCCUUUGCAGGGGAAGAAGUACGUGCAGAAGGAUGGCCACCACUGCUGCCUGAAGUGCUUUGACAAGUUCUGUGCCAACACCUGUGUGGAGUGCCGCAAGCCCAUCGGUGCAGACUCCAAGGAGGUGCACUACAAGAACCGCUACUGGCACGAUACCUGCUUCCGCUGUGCCAAGUGCCUUCACCCUUUGGCCAGCGAGACCUUUGUGUCCAAGGACAACAAGAUACUGUGCAACAAGUGUGCCACUCGGGAGGACUCCCCCAGGUGCAAAGGGUGCUUCAAGGCCAUCGUGGCAGGAGACCAGAACGUGGAGUACAAGGGCACCGUCUGGCACAAAGACUGCUUCACCUGCAGCAACUGCAAGCAAGUCAUUGGGACCGGAAGCUUCUUCCCGAAAGGGGAGGACUUCUACUGCGUGACUUGCCACGAGACCAAGUUUGCCAAGCACUGCGUCAAGUGUAAUAAGGCCAUCACAUCUGGAGGAAUCACUUACCAGGAUCAGCCCUGGCAUGCCGAUUGCUUUGUGUGUGUUACCUGCUCUAAGAAGCUGGCUGGGCAGCGUUUCACCGCUGUGGAGGACCAGUAUUACUGCGUGGAUUGCUACAAGAACUUUGUGGCCAAGAAGUGUGCUGGAUGCAAGAACCCCAUCACUGGGAAAAGGACUGUGUCAAGAGUGAGCCACCCAGUCUCUAAAGCUAGGAAGCCCCCAGUGUGCCACGGGAAACGCUUGCCUCUCACCCUGUUUCCCAGCGCCAACCUCCGGGGCAGGCAUCCGGGUGGAGAAAGGACUUGUCCCUCAUGGGUGGUGGUUCUUUAUAGAAAAAAUCGAAGCUUAGCAGCUCCUCGAGGCCCGGGUUUGGUAAAGGCUCCAGUGUGGUGGCCUAUGAAGGACAAUCCUGGCACGACUACUGCUUCCACUGCAAAAAAUGCUCCGUGAAUCUGGCCAACAAGCGCUUUGUUUAUCACCAGGAGCAGGUGUAUUGCCCUGACUGUGCCAAAAAGCUGUAAAGUGACAGGGGCUCCUGUCCUGUAAAAUGGAAUUUGCAUCAUGUUCUUUGUGUCCUUGCUCUCUCUGCCCUACACCAUGAAUAGGACAAGAGUGGCCUUUCACCUCUUAAAGUUGUUCCUUCUGUCUUUUCUCCCAUUUUACAGUAUUACUCAAGUAAGGGCACACAGUGAUCGUAUUAGUAUUUAGCCAAAAGCAAACUUGCGGCAAAGUUAAUUUCUCUAUAGCUGCAAUGAAGAAACAAAACCUUAGGUAGAUUGACUCUUCUGCAUGUUUAUCAUAGAGCAGAAAAGUGCUAACCAUUUAGCCACUUCAUGAUGUAACCAAGAAGCAUAAGUGACAAAGCCCCCACUGAGGCGCCUUUUGUGGCUCAGCUGGGACCUACCAUGUAGUUAGAAGACUUGCGAGAGUUGCAGCGGCUGCUCCAACUCACUGCCCACCCUCUUCUGUGGGCAGGAAAAGAACUUGCUGGAAUGCAUGGUUUAGCUUCCUCAUUAAUCCUGACCUUCCUUCUGUUCUUUUGUGCUUUUACAUGACUAACAAGAAUUUUCAGAAAAUUAACAAUUGAACUUAGCUGUAAUUCUCAACUGACCAUUUUACCCACACUGAUGUUUGAUUUCCCUGUGUGGUGUGAAUUCUGAGCGUUCCUGCUUCACAGCAUGGGACAUACAGGUGAUUGGGAACGUGUGAGCAGAUCUGAGAAAAUGAGCCUGUUUCAGAGUAGCAGCAUCACAGCGAAUACUUGUGGAAGCUUAACAAAACUAACCCUGCUGUCUUUUUUAUUUUUUUAAUUAAUGAUACUUUUGUUUUAAUUAAUAGUAAAAUAGUUUAUGGGUUUGGAAACUUGCAUGACAAUAUUUGGGGCCCCCUCAGUCCUGCAGUGUUGAGAUUCAUCCUUCAGAAGUGACUGUAAAACUCUAGAGGGGUAGCUGAGCGGGCGCAGGGCUGUCAUUAAUGUGGAGCUGACAUUUUGAAACCGUGACGAGUUGAAUCCCUUGUAACAUGUAGUUGUCUGCUCUUCGUCUCUGUGCUCAAGAGUGCUGCACAGUCCCUUCUGUUGUGAUUCCUGGGACUUCUCAGGAGCUCAGCUGGCUCUCUGGGGAAGUGGGGAGGCCACCGUCCUCACAAGCAGAACCGGAUUUCCACCUCCUGCUUCCCUGAGAUGCAGGGUCACCUACUUACUGUGUUCUCCAUUAUUAUAUUGCAUACUAUCACAAGACAAUAUCCAAAGUAAACAUGUUAUGAUAGUACAUAUUAACGUUCUCAUAGGAGUGGUUAUAGAAGCCAAUGCCUCAUUUCUACAUUUUGUCAUUAGCUCCUUUCAUCUAAUGUUUCAGUGUAUCCUUACAGAAAUAAAGCAUCAUAGAAAUAACUUGCCUCUUGUGUU